CGCGUGAAGCCGGCCGGUUACCUGCCAGCACCGCGCGGGACGCGGAGCGCCGAUACCCGCAGCUCAGCCCGCGGGGCCCGAGCGGCGCCGUUGUCAAGGCGACGCUGCGCAUGCGCGCCGAGCCCGGCCGGAGGGCCGCUUCCGCCGCCGCCGCCAUGGGCGUCCCGGGGCUGACGGGCUUCGUGGAGGAGAGCGGUUCGUUCUUCGCGGAGCUGCGGGUGCGGGACACCAAGCUGGUGAUCGACGGCAGCAGCCUCUACUACCACCUCUUCUUCGGCUCCGCCGCCGAUUUCCGCCGCGGCGGCGAUUACGGCCCGUUCGCGGCGGCCGCGGACGAGUUCUUCGCCGUCCUGCGCUCCUGCGGCGUGGCCGCCUUCGUGGUGCUGGACGGCGGGCGCGGGGCGGCCGACAGGAAGCUGGGCACGCUGCGGGAGCGCGCCGCCGAGCGCCUGCGCGCGGCCCACGGGCUGUCCCGCGGGGAGGGCGGCCGCGUGCUGCCGCUGCUGGCGCGGCACGCCUUCGUGCAGGCGCUGCGCCGGGCCGCGGUGCCCUUCGCGCAGUGCUGGGCCGAGGCCGACCGCGAGGUCGCGGCUCUGGCCAACCGCUGGGGCUGCCCCGUGCUGUCCCUCGACAGCGACUUCUUCAUCUUCCAGCUGGCGGGCGGGUACUGCCCGCUGAGCGCCUUCCGCUGGCGGGACGUCCGCGCCGAGCGCGCGGGCCGCUACGUCCCCGCGCGGCGCUUCGAGGCGGAGAGCUUCUGCCGCCACUUCGGGCGGCUGAGGAGCAGCGCGCUGCCGCUCUUCGCCGUCGUGAGCGGCAACGACUACGUGGACGCGGCGGCGUUCGAGGGGCUCCUCGGCAAGGUGCGGCUGCCCGGGAAGCACGGCCGCGCGCGGGGGCUGCUGCGCUGGCUGGCGGCCUUCGCCGGGCCCGAGGAGGCGGCGGACGCCGUGCUGAAGCACGUGGGCGGGCGGCGGAGGGACGCCGUGCGGGAGCUGCUGCGCGACGCCCUGCGGGACUACGCGCCGUCCGACGCGAACCUCGAGCAGUUCUUCGCGGAGGGCCGCUACCGCUGCGAGGAGGCCGAGGCCUCGGGGCUGCCGCCGUGGCUGCUGGGCGCCCUGGCCAGAGGCGAGCUGGCCCCGCUCGUCGCGAACGUCCUGACCCUGAGGAGCACCUUCCUGCACGUCCAGGUGGAGGACCUGCGGCGGCCCAGCGCGCACGGCGCCGCGCUGCCCAUCCGACGGGUUCUGUACGGCCUGCUGCUGCUGCGCGCGGCUCCCGGCGCCGAGGCACGGAGCUGCGCGCCGCCGGCCGUGUGCGAGUUCGACCGAGUCCAAAAGUCCAUUAAAAAGACGUUUGUCCAGGCGGCGAGCCUCCCCGCGCCUUUUGGCGACGAUGGCUUCACUCUGGACAAGUUAGUGGAGGUGCCAAUGUCACGCCGUCAGCUACUUCUGCUGGAGACUUUAGGAGUGAAAAUGAGUUUGCUAGAAUCUGUCCCCUCCCACUUACAACUCCCUGUUGCUGUAACCUGUUAUUGGACGCGUUGUUCGGAACCUAAAGUGAACUUACAUCAUUUAAAGGCUCUGCUUCUAAUGAUGGUAUCUGGAGAACUGCACAGGAUAACAAAUGAGCCAGUUCUCCACCCAGAAGACAACAGAAUUGCUUAUAAUGAAUUUCUAAAAUGGAAGGAAGAGAAACUGCAAAAUAAAGACUUUGAUUUAGAUGCUGCACAUAGCUUUUGCCAGUGGCAGUGCUGUCUUGAGAUGGGAUUGUAUCUCAACCAGCUACUCUGCAGACCUCUCCCUGAGCCAGACUUAGCUAGGCUCUAUAGUGGGACCCUCGUGCACGGACUGUAUCAAGAGCUUAAAUCAACACCUUCAGUGGAAAAUCUGUUCAGUUCUUCUCCAAAAAUGACUGAGCUUUAUCAGGUUCUGUUGAAUACAGUCAUAUCAACUGUAUCUCCAGACUUCUUUCAGAAGAAAACAGAGGCCAAAUCUGAGUCCUGCAAAAAGAAAAAAGCAUCUAAAAAGACAAAGGCCGUCAGGUGUGCUGUAUCUGAAACUCGUGAUGUUAAUAGGUUUGCAUCACUCAGUGUGGAUGACUGAGAGCAUUAUUCCUAAAAUCAUUUCCAAUGCCACAGAGACAGAAGAAAUUAUAUUUAAAAUGUGACUGUAUUGGAAUUUGCUUGGCUAUUUUCAUACAAGCUCCUGAUAUUUUUUAAUUUAUUUUUUUACCAAUGAGUCUCGCUCCAGGAUUUAGUAUUUUUGUAACAAAAGCCCCUAUAAAAGAGGUGCUGCCUACAAUAUGUUUUAGUGUCUGAGUUUUCUGUGGGUGGAGAGCGGGGGUUGGCUAGUUGGAUGAUUAAAAGGUGUCUUUCUAAUUGAAAAUGAGAGUAAAGAACUUUAGCAGUUCAGAGCGUUUCUUUUUCUGAACACUUAAAGCUUACUAUCCCUCCUCUUCCCUGACUGCUUUUAACUUUGAAAACAUCCCAUUUUCAAACUUGUGUCUGAGAGGCAGCUAUCCAUGCUGCUAUAUGAUUGAGUAUAGUCUUACAAAUCAAAUUAAAAUUGAAAUUGACAAUUUAAAGAAAUACUGUUUUCACGGAUAGUAGAAUAUCUGUAGUUUUAGGGAGAGCUAGCUGUCAUCACUGAACUGGAUGUUUAAGGGAAAGUUUCCGUUUCCCUCCACCUAUCAUGCUACUGCUACCACAUGGAGUAAGUGGAUUGCAUUGACACAAUGAGCUCGGAUGGGGAACCUCAGCAAUCCAGGAAUCUUAGAGGUGAUCAUGGACUGGCCUGAAGGUAAAAAGUUUGGAACAUCACCAGCAGAAGUAGUAUUGCAUGUUAAAGAGGCCCCACCAUACAAUGAACUACCAGAAAAUGAAGAGAUAUGCCUUGUUCACAGAUGGAUCACGUUGUACUAUGGGGAAGCAUCACAGAUGGAAAGCUGCUGUGUGGAGCCCCACACAAGUUGCAGAGGCUGCUGAAGGCUCAUCACCAUACACUGUCAUAGUGUUUUCUACAUGGAAAACCUAGAUCUCAAGAGCUACAGGAAUAGUUUCUGAUAUUGUACAGCUGAGUCUUGAUACUUUCAUAAUACAUUCAAUGAGAAAUUGAUACAUUAUAGCGUAUAUUUAAGUCACAGAAAAACUAUUUUUGAGACAGACUGAAGUAGCAGGUAACAGGGUAGGUAAUAAUGAAGUUGUCAGUACAGAACUGCUACUUUCUCAAUUAGCAGCAGAUGGCACUCACACUCAACCACAGAGCAAGGUACUAGAAUUGCUUAACACCUUUCUGGCUGUUUACAGCCACCUACAGCCACAGUUCCAUCAGAUGACUUUAAUACUUGGAAGGUGAUACAUUUAAGUUCAUGAUUUUAGAAACUAAGACGUAAAUUCUUAUUCAUCCAAAUCAUCCUUUGAAUCAUUAUCGUCUCAUGUGUUUCGAUUCCCAAGCUUAUCAUUCUUCAUGGUUUUUAUAAUCAUCAUCCCAUUUUAAGUUAUAGUCCUUAAAACAAACAAACAAACAAACAAAAGAACGGGCAUGCUUGAUUUCACUUUGUUGUUGCCGUAAGAGGAGAGAUCUUAACCACUCUACAUCCCAAGUUGGGAAAACACCAGAGAUAAGUAAUUCUUGAGCCUUGCUAAGAAGCACAAUCUUGAGUUAGUUCCAAAGACAAACAUUCUAUUUUUUGGAUUAAAACCUGCUAUGAUCACAAUACAGCCUGAGACUACCUUUGGGAGUGCUGACCUGAUGAUUAAAAAAUUACUCUACUGGAAAUGUGUUCUCAAUGCAAACUGAUUCUAGGAUCACUACUCAGAGUUUGUUUGGGUUUUCUUUGGGUCAUCAUAGGCUUCUCGUCUUCUUUUGGGAGAAAAACAACCAGAAACAAUAAAAGAAUAAAAGGUUCUUUCUCAAUUCAGUGCUUUAAUAAGAGCAACUAAAUUACUUAAUUGCUGCCUAUUUUCACACUACAUGAAGCGCCUGUCAAUUUUUGAGGACAGAUCUUGCUGUUGAUUCAAUUGCUCUGAAGAAAAUCUCAAACAUGCUGCCAGGUGAUAUCGACCAAAAAUGGAGCGUAAAAAAAAAGCAAUGGAAUUCAGACAGUCCAAGUGUUUCUCACAAAUAAUGAGAUUGAACUACUAGAUAAAUUACUUGUUACUGUUUCACCUUCCACUGGAAUACAGCAGAAACGCCUAAGGCAUAAUUCAUUAUAAUUCACUUUAAGUAAGUACACCUUUUAAGAAGGUAGAAUUAAUAGUUCUUCAGGGACUAAAUUUUGUUUCUUGUCUACACUAACAGGUAAAUUCAGAACGUGAGACUCAGGCUGGCAAAUGAGUACUUUGUAAAAUUUGUUUAAAGCCUAGCAAAUAAUUCCUCCCUAUGUCAAUACAUUUAUGCUUAUCUGCACUUCUCUAUGUACUUGGAUUUCUAGGACUCCAAGAACACAUGCAGAGUGUGAAGUAGUCAAAUCCCAUGGAGAAGAUUAUCAAAAAGAAGUCUUACUAGCUGAAAGACAUAGUAGUUGCUGCACUUUCUCAAAAUCCAGGCUGGUGCAAGUGAUUCUUCAUCAGCGCACAUCAUCACAGUUUUUACUACAUCUUUACUGGGAUUUGAAGAAUUUUAAAUACUAAUGAAGUUUUAAAAUGUUCUGAAGUUGCACUGAAAUACUGAACACGCUGGUAAUUCAGACCCACUUGUCAGACAGCAAUAGUCCAACAGGAGGAACACUGAUAAAUCCUUUCAACUGCUGAAAAGCAGAACUGCUGGAAAUGAGAAAUUUGUGCUAAAAGAUUUCUAUGAGGUCACCUUGUUUGAGCCCUUAUCAGCUCAGCGGUUCACCUAACAUCCUGUAGAAAAGGUGAGUGCCAUAUACUAAAGUCUUUCCCCUUACACUAUUAAACCCCCUGCACAUUGGCGCUGCAGGUAAUAAGUGCACAUUCAGCAGGCCCAGGUAGGCCAGAGUAAUGAUGAACUGUGUGUGCACAGCAAACAGUGCUAUAUACAGUUCCUGCAUAGCACGUGAACUCAGUUCCCAUCUACCACACUCCACUUCCUGACAAUGUCUGGGAAUCUCUGGGAGUGUGUGUGGGGGGGAAAAGAAUAAGUAGAAUAACCAAUCAGCAGGAAAAUUCAUACAACACCUUCCAAUCUGCCUUAUUUUCCAUGAACUUUCCAGAUUCUGAAGAUGGCAUUUGGGGCAAGCCACAAAGAAAUGUGCAGAAAUGUCCCACUGCUCAUUCAGAAUUUCUCAAUAACCUUACUGACAGGAUGACCAUCUUGUGACAGCAUGCCUCUGAGCCAACACCAACACAAAACACCAUUUCCAGGCUGCAGUGUGGAAGAUGUGUUUCCACAUGCUUUCAGUCAAAAGAUACAGCAUUCUGUCUUUGGCUCCCUCUUGAGUUCUUGCACAUCAUCUUUUCAAGAUUCACUGGGUGACUGUUCCUUCCAUUUCCUCAGGGCAUAACUGGUCCAUCUCUAACAGCAACAACAGCUGCAAGACUACUUUGAGGAACACAGCUGUUUGUUUCUGAAUCACUGAAUAUCUGAAUAUCCAGAUAUUAUCGUAUAUUAAAAAUUACUUUUAACGUAUCAAGACACCACAACACUUCUUGAUCCACAAAAAGUCAUUUUGAAGAUUAAAAU